CUUACACCUCCCCUUUCUCAGAGGUAUAUAAGGGGCGCGCCCCUUGAUACCGGCAGUGUUGCUGCUCUCCUCACCGCAUCAUGAAGACUCUGGUUUUGUUUGGCGUGAUUGCUGCGGCUCUGGCCCUCCCAGUGCCUGAAGCUGAUCCUGACUGUGUUGAGGCAGUUCUGCCUUAUGCUGGGUAUGGUCUAGCUGCCGGGUAUGGUCUGGGUGCUGGGUAUGGACUAGCUGCUACUGGGUAUGAUCUGGCUGCUGCCCCUGUUGCCUACGCUCAGGCCCCUGUUGCCUACGCUCAGGCCCCUGUUGCCUAUCCUCAGGCCCCUGUUGCCUAUGGUCAGGCCCCUGUUGCCUACGCUCAGGCCCCUGUUGCCUACGCUCAGGCCCCUGUUGCCUAUCCUCAGGCCCCUGUUGCCUAUGCUGCUCCUGCCCCAGUACCCGUUGCUCUGCCCCCAGCACAAGUGCAGGUGCCCAUCACCAGUACUCAUGUGGAGGUGCCUGUUCACCAGAAGGUCCACUACGGCACUCAGAGUUACGUAGCCGGAGCCACCACCACCAUCCAUAAGCCAUCCCUGGCUGCCCCCGUCAUCGCACCACCCACCACCCUCCUCUCCAAGAUCACCCACAAUGCCCCAGAGGUCACCAUCCAGCGCCAGGAGAUCCCUGUCGAGAAACACACCCCCAACUUCGUCGACACCCCCUACCACGCUGGUACCAUCAUCCAGUACACUGAGCCUGAGAUCAAGGAGAUCAAGGUGCCCACACCAUAUGCCCAGCCAGUACCCGUGGCUCAACCCGUGCCCGUGGCUCACCCCGUGCCCGUGCCCACUCCAGUGCACUCCGUCACCGUCCACCAGGCUGCCCCCGUGGCAUACGCUGCCCCCGUCGCUGCUGCUGUCGCACCCUUUGCCUACACAGGUGUUGUCGCUGCUGACGACUGUUAGCUCCACAGAUCAGGAAACUCCGCAGAUAUUCACGCCAAACAUAAGCCUCUUCUGAUGUAGAUUUUUGUAAAUUGAAAUAAACCCUUGAAAUGUU